AUGGCUGACGGCGGGGGCGGCGGCCCCAUCAACCCGGCCUCACUGCGCCCCCCCGGCGACCCGCAGCUCAUCGUGGAGCAACUCAAGAGCCGUGGUCUCUUUGACAGCUUCCGCCGGGACUGCCUGGCCGACGUGGACACCAAGCCAGCUUACCAAAACCUGAGGCAAAAAGUGGAUAAUUUUGUGUCAACACAUCUGGACAAGAAGGAAUGGAAUCCCAUGAUGAACAAAAACCAGUUGCGAAAUGAUCUGAGGCAGAGUGUAGUUCAGUCAGGGAUGUUGAAAGCUGGAGUGGACAGAAUUAUUUCCCAGGUGGUGGAUCCCAAACUGAACCACAUCUUCAGACCACAGAUAGAACAAGCAAUUCAUGAGUUCAUGGCAGCCCAGAAAAAAGAAGCCGUGCCAGAACCACCUCCAGAGCCUGAAAGUCAGGACCCUGCUGCUCCAUCCCAGGACGCUUCCUAA